GGUUGCACCACCAAACUUCACCUUCAUAUGGUGUGUGAGUGAUGGGAUGGUGUCAUUAUACAAAGAAUGAAAUUCGUUCACCAUGAGACGGGCUAAGACAACACGGUUAUGUUAAGAAGGAUACAACACACCUGAAAGCUCCUAUAUGGGCAGACUUCUCAUUCCUGGCAACAGCCUAGCCAAGAUGUUGGUGAGGGCGAGACUGAAAGUGGUGGUGGUGGUGGUGGUGGUGCUCUCACUGCUCCCUCACACAUCCUCCGCCAGGAACAGGAAGCGGGGACGUUCCACAGGAGCAGCGGUAACGGAGGACCCCGUGUGGGACAUCAGACACGUGCUGCCAGAACUCAACCUGGAGAACAACACGGUCACUAAUGUCAAGGUCAACGUGGGAGACGUGGCCUACCUCCCAUGCAGAUUCCCACAGCUCUCCACACUCCACCAGGUGUCAUGGAUCAGACGGUGGGACUGGCACAUCCUCACCACCGGCAUCUACACUUACACCAGCGACAUGCGCUUCAACGUUCUUCACACUGAGGGCUCCGAUGACUGGACGCUGCAACUUAAAUACGUCCACACCCGUGACAACGGUACCUAUGAGUGUCAGAUGUACACGGGAACGGGAGUGCUGUCUCAGUUCGUCAACCUUAACGUCAACACGCCACGUGCUGCCAUUCUUGGUUCUCAGGAACUGCACGUGCAGGAAGGUGACACUAUCACCCUCAUCUGUGUCAUUCAGCAGAGCAAGCCACCGUUCGUGUUCUGGUACCACGGAGAGUACAUGGUCAACUACGACGGUAGCCGCCACCGCCUCAACGUCAUCACCACCGUGGAAAGUAUUACGACGCAAUCACGCCUCACUAUAACUGACGCAAGACACUCAGACUCAGGCAACUACUCGUGCAUCCCACCCAACGUUGAGGCAGCUUAUGUCUUGGUCUAUGUUACUGAGAAAGGCGACACCGUAGCAGCGGUGCAGCGUCGGGGCCACAGUUUGGCUGCUGCAGCCACUGCGGCCACCACUACCACCCUCCUGGCCACCCUCUGCAUAACCUGCCUCUACUUUGCCCACUACCUGCCAGUCAGAUGAUCGCCUGAAUGCUCAAACCAUAUAUUUAAUAUGUAAACAGAAACUGUGUUAAAGGGUUUGCUACCAGAAUUUAUUUUAAUGUCGUGUUAAAUUUUUUUGAUAAAAUGUGUACUGAGAAUUGCAGCGUUGAGAAAAUCCUGAGAAUGUACGAAAUUCUGCAACUCUCGGUUGAUCACAUCAUCCACAAAUGGGUAAAAAAUGACGAAUGUAUUCACCACUAACUUUCAAAUUGUGCACGAAUCUAAACGAAGAUUUGGUUUGCUCUGGAUCAUUAUUAAGAGUUGGUUUUGGUUUAGUCCAAACAGGAACGAAGUCUAGUUUAUCUCCGUUUUGUUUUUUUUUAGCUGUGAAUUGUUCCAACCACAGUAAUAUGAUUUAUAUGUUUCUUGAAAUACAUGAUUUAUGAAACGUUCUACAACACAUGCUGUAAAACUACAAAAACAAGUUUACUGUAGUUGCCCUGAACACUGGGUACUAGAUUUACAAUAAUUACUAAGGCUUGUGAGCAAGUAAAUCCCAUGUGGACGGAAAAUCAAACACCUCCUAGAAAGCGUCUGCAUAUUCCGGCCUUAAUCAGAGACCGUCUACAGUAAACAAACAAGGAGUAUAAGGAGGUUCAUAUGCUGAUCCUCUCUUCUCUCUGUUUAAUUGUGCUUUUGUGUGGAUAUCUACCCGUUUACUGAUCAGUGUUUAUAUUAUACCAUAACACUAAACUUUAUACUAAUGGCAACAGUUACUGACAAAUUCGAUAGGAAUAUGAACUCCUCAUCAUACCACAUACCUGGGAUAAUUACCUGAAUUAUAGUGUGUUUGAUAGCUUCUGAGCUAUCUCUGUAUGAAGAUGUUAUUGACAUGCAACCUAUCCUCCUAAGCAAACAAUGAGAGUUUUCUAUGGCUCAUAAUACUAUCACUAUCGUGUUAACGCCGAAAGUAAAUUUGUGCUUCCUCAUUCUUCUCGGUGGUUUCCUGUUUUUGUUUUGCGAACAUCAAAAUAUCAGGUCAUCUUUAUAAUGAAAAUCACUAUAUCACCGUUUCUAAGACAGUGAAAUGGAUGACUGCUCACGAACCCUAAACAGUGAUUGCCUAAUUGUGUAGCGGAGAAUGUGCUCGGCGGGUCUUCGUUUAUUGCUCACGUUUCAAAAAAAUUUAAUUGACUAUUUAAAAUAUUAAAUUUAUUGCAUUUGUGGUAUAUAUUGUAAUCUAUUGAUUUUUCUAUUAAUGGGCGAGACUCUUAUCCUUCUAAACCUAAUCUUCCGAUUUUAUACAACGUAAAUUGAGAAACUGACUGAGAACAGUACGUUAUAAAUCGAUUUUAAAUUUAGGAGAAUAGGUUGCAAAAUAUAGUUUUACUCUACGCUUUAUUGCAUUUUUUAGUAUUAGAGUAUGUUGUUAUUGGUUAAAUUAGGUUAACCUAACCUAUCCUAACCUAACCUAUCCUAAUCUAGCCAGACCUAGCCUUUAUAACGUAUGUGAAGAAACUGGAUUCUGCUUUCAUAGUGAAAACAAUAAUGUGGGUUAUAGGAGGGCAGGUUGUAACAUAUAUUGUAUUAGAUGGUGGUACAAGAUUAUAUUCAUCUGUGUGUCUCUGGGAAUAUAUAUAUACACUGAAUCUCUAAGGUAUUCUGUAUUUUAGGGAUUAAUGCGCCCAUGACUGCAACUUUAAUUACGCUUUGUGUAGUCGACAGGCGUUAGACCCAAUAAUGGCCCAACACACGGGCAAAAAACAAACACAUCCUAUCUUCCCCCCAUAAGAAGUAGCCAACACAAAAAUCAUAAUAACGUUUUAUUUGUCGUUAAUCAUUACAAACUAUUAAUAUUAGAUACUUAAACUAGGACACAUAAAUUUAGAGCUUCAGCGAAAAUCUACAAUAAUACAACACUUAUUUUUGUAAUUGUCUGUGUCUACAAGAGACCUAAAAUAAUUGCUAAAUUUAUUGGCACUUGACAGAAAAGAAAGUACGGACAAACAAGUGCCUCAGUAACAGUGUCACAUGAUAUGACGUCUUCAUCUGCAAUGAUUAGAAAUGACACGAGUAUGCGGAAGUAUGCUUUAUCACCGGGAACCGAAGAACAUAAUCGUCACAAGUGCGAAACGUUGCCACAAUAAAAUGUCACAUUAGUUGCACUUGUGUCCUUUUACUUUACAUGUUGUCGGUAAUUCUACCAACUUUAUUAUAACAUAAUCGUCAAAAUCCGAACACAAAAAUUUAAAGCAACAUCUGAUUUUCAAUCAAAACUUGCUGAUCUGUCUUGAGGUGUUUUGACAACUUUAUUGUUGUUCCGAGCACAGAUUAUUUCACUAAUGGAGAUUACCAUAGAUGCGAGUACAAAUUAUUUCACCACUGGAGAUUACCAUUGAUUUGACUGUAAAUUAUUUCACUGAAACUAAAUUGACUUCAGUUAAUGCGUUAUAUGUAACCAGUAUAAGACUGAUUCCCAAGUGUGUCUCCUGAUAUAAUUACCUAAUUAAUGCAUUAGUCUUCAAUUAUGAAGAUCUCUAUUACUGCUGUAGUUAUACGCAUGACACAACGGUCCUCUCUCUGCUUCUUCAAGUAUCCUGAUUUAUCCUUAC